AUUCACACCCGCUCUCACGAGCCGAGGUCUCUUCUGACAACCAAAGAUCGCGAAAGAUCUGCCUUCAGUUUUCUGAGAAGAUGCCACCGGUACUUCCAACUUUCUCACCACAGGCCAAACGAAACUAUCUCUCGUCUUUGAGUACAGGUAUCCUUUUGCAAUAGUCAACUCAAUAAUUCAACCUUUCCACCAUGACAACGGCUACAGAGGACACCCCUCUUUUGUCCGGCAUUCCGACGAGCGAGGAUGAUCAGAAACGUCAAUCCUUUCGUCGUACUUCCUUAUCUGCCAAGAACGCAAAGCUUCGACCCGUCGAUGGAUUGUCUCCCCUCGCACCGGGUGGAGUGAUUACUUCCCUAGAUGGCUACACAACCAUUGCUCGACCACCUUCGGUCGUCAAGUCUCUCCCGGCAUUUGCUCCUUAUCGGCGCAAGGCUCGUCAUCGGUCCUUUACCAUUUGGUGGAUCAACGAAUUCCGUCACUGGUGGAAAUCCAGUCGACUGCUCGUCCGAUUGGCCGGGCUCUUUACAUUGGCAUUUACCGGCACGUUCCUGCUGCGCAUGAUUAACAUUACCGUGGAUCCACUCAAAAUGGCCAAGAAUACCAAAAAAGCCGUCAAGAUUGUCAAAAAAUUGGGACAAGGAGGACCCAUGCGAUUCUUUUUGAAAUACGUCAAACCCUUUACUCGCACCUUGCGAUUGUUUGUGGCAGGGUGGCGUUGGGCGGAAGCCUCUCAAUGUCGACGAGGAGAAGUGGGAACCGAGGAAGCCUUUGCGUUCAUGGGGAAUCGAGUCUCGCGCACGUUGGCUCGAUUGGCCGUGGACAGUCUUGUGGCCUAUGUCGUCAUGCCCAUGGCCUAUGAACUCUUUCAGUGGCUACAGUACGACGAUUGGUGGCAUCCCAUCACUGUGUUUAUAGUUCUGGGAAGCCUUCGCGCUGUGGCGCCAUAUGCGGCAUCCUUUCAAGGGUCCAGGGUGGGGCGAGUCCUGACGCGCCAAUUCUUUCGCGGGGCCAAACAUCGAUGGUUGCCGAUUCAACCCAUUACUACGCUCAAUCUACUGAGUGAUGAUUGUUGUGAACAGGAUGAAAUAUCUCAGACAGCUGAUCUGGCAGUGCUGGCCAAGGAAGUUGCCAAGGCGUUUGGCAAGGCAAAGGAAAUUGGCUUGGAUGGCAUGGAAGGGCAGAGAGAAAUCCUUAAGGAACAGGGCUUUCAUCAAGUAGGAGCUGGAAGUGGAGGGUAUGCGGUCUAUUUCUGUCGUCGCAAACCACCCAAUGGCUCGACCGACAUGACGAUUCUCCUUCAUGUGACACCCUACGGACCUUCUAUUUUGAAUGUCAUGCCUCGCUAUAUUGUCUUGGAAUUUGAGGAUUCGGUGGAUCGAAGAAAUCAUUGGUCAGAGUACAUUGCCCGGAAACAAUUUGAAGGCCCGCCUGUAGUCGAAGGCUACUGCUAUGGAGGCGCCUUUUUCAGUCCCCAUCACUUUGCCGAACUCAAAGAGAGAUAUGACAAGCAGUUGGUGACCUACCAAGUUGGGUGCAAGACGCUCUGCAAACAACGAACUGGACGCAAUCCCAAUCCGCCUUCUGACCUGAAAUCCCUCAAGACCUUUCUGGCUGAUGCUAAGAAACCCCGAAAGCGACGCCGAAACCAGCGGCAGUACGAGGAACUCCAAAAACAAGUCCACAGAGUCGCCAAGGAUUUGAAGCGAAUGAUGGCGAUGGCAGGAGAUCAGGCUCCCAAGGGAGUUAUCUUGUACUUUGAGGGUUUGGAUUGUGCCGGGAAAUCCUCGACGGGAGGAUUGGUCGAACAAGCCCUGGCAGAAGCCGGCUUUCAAGUUGCUACCAAGCAGUACAACCGUCCACCGACGCCGGAACAAAAGCUGAAACCCUGGAUGGAUCGAUUUGAAGUUCCUGAGACGACGACGACGACUGUUGGUUUGGCGGUUCCCAGCGGCAGUAGCAAUGAAGAGCAGCAGGAGACUGCGCAGUCGUUGCUUAACAAGCAUAGUGCACUGGUUUGGGAUCGUGGUCCGUCGGGAGACUUUGUGUACAAUCCAGAGUACAGAGCAUUGCCCAUGGAGGAUCGUGAGAAACUAUACAAAGAAUUUAUGGACUUUGAUCGAGAAUGCCUCUCCAAGGGCAUUUUGUUCCUCAAGUUAUUAUUUGUCGCCAACAGAGACUCCAUUGCCUCCACGCUUGGAAAACGCCUGGCACAGAAGCAAAUGGCGCACGACCUUCGUAUCUGGCACAAAGCGUCCAAGGGCGGUGAAGUCGACUCGGACGAGGGGUUUGAAGGUUUGGAUGCGAUUGAAAACCACCUGGAUCCAACCGACUUUGUGGCCUUCAACAGCUACCAAACCAAUCUACGUAUCUUUGCCAACUGUGCUAUGAACACGAAUACCCCUGAGAAUCCUUGGAUUGUCGUGAAUACCGGAGACCGCUUUGCCGCUCGGAAGGCGUUGCUGCGUGCCUUCCAAAUCAAAUUGGACCGUUUCAGGAAGGGGGACUCCAAUUGCUGCAAUGCAACAACAUCAACACAAUCACGGGCUCCAACUGCCGUUACAGAAGAGGAAAUGCUUGAGAAAGGAUUUCAGAGGGCUCCUCCAAUUGGGUUGAUCGUGUCGUUGAUGGGAAUGCUGAUCAUUCUCUUUUACUACUCUUCCAACACUACUUUCAGACGCCCAUCUGAUAUCUUCAGAGAUACCUGGAUCAACAUUGAAGACUUGCUCCCUGUGGAUGACGAGGAAGCUGGUAGCAAUAGUUAGCCAGUGUGGCAAAGCAUCAGGCAACGUCCAGACAAGAUCAGAAAACAACCACAAACGGAACUGAGAAGGCUCUUUGAUUUUUCUCAAGCACUCAUGAGGGUACCGUACGGAGCAGGCCUAAGCUUUGCCCACCAGACCAGCAGACCGGGCCCUGCAAAAUGGGCCCUGCAAAAUGGGCCUUCCGUCAACGACACAGGCGAAGCAACCCGGGUAAGGCAGACCUGGCGAAUCGAAUCCGCUUGCCUGAACUGUACAGUAGUUUUUAUAAUUUUUAUAAUUAUAAGCAAUUCGUGAAAACUACAC